AUGUUAUAUAUGGAAUUUCUAACACAAAGGAUUCAAAAUAUCAAAUGGCGCUAUUCAAAAGUCAACACAGAACUGCACAAAGAAAUAUAUAAAGAGGAAGAAAAAAAUCCGAUUGAACUUGAAGUAAUCGAAAACGAGGAAGACAACGUACCAUUAUUACAGGAUACUGACAAUGGGACGAGCCGUGAAGAAUUAAAAACUCUGAGACGAGUUCCCGAUGAUAUUCCAACUGGUAAAAUAAAACGAACAAUAGCAACUUGGUACAUAGUUUUGUGUGAACUAUGUGAAAGAUUUACAUUCUAUGGCGUUUCUGGACCAUUUCAAAACUAUAUUGAGUUCCCAGCGCCAAAGAAUCUCGGAGAGCAAUCAGGAGCAAUUGGAAAGGGGCAACAAGCAGCUACUGCUCUAUCACUAUUUUUCAGCUUCUUUUCCUAUGUAACCCCAAUAAUUGGAGCAAUAGUAGCCGAUCAAUAUCUUGGAAAAUACAAAACUAUCUUGUGUUUCAGCAUAAUUUAUAUAACCGGACUAUCGGUAUUGACAAUAACAGCCACUCCAAUAGCAAUCUCGAGUGGCGCAUCUUUACCAGGACUCGUUUUGGCAAUGAUAAUAAUCGGACUUGGAGCAGGCGGAAUAAAGACAAAUGUUUCAGUGAUGGUCGCCGAACAAUAUACAAAAAAGAAAUCAUUUAUUCGAACAUUGAAAAACGGCGAGAAGGUAAUCGUUGAUCCAAAAUUAACUAUUCAAUCGAUAUUCGCUUGGUUUUACGUGGCUAUCAACUUGGGAGCUAUCUCGCCAAUUGUUACUACGACUGUGGAAAAAUAUCAUUCUUUUUGGUUGGCUUUUCUGAUCCCAUUGAUCAUCUGUUUGAUUUCGGUGACUAUAUUUUACAUUGGUCGUAAUAAAUAUGUGCACACAAAACCAUCAUCACAUGGAUCAAUUAUCCUCAAUGCCAUCAAAGUGAUUCGAAUUACACUGAUGAAUAAACGGGACUUUGAAAAAGCAAAACCAUCACAAAUGAUUCAAUUUGAACAAAAGGAAAACGGAGUUUCAUGGAAUGAUCAAUUUGUCGAUGAAUUACGUUCGGCUAUCAAUGCAUGUCGCGUGUUUAUGUUUUUUCCGAUCUACUCGGCCGCCUUCAAUCAACUAUACGCAAAUUUAGUAUCUCAAGCGGCGACAAUGCGACCUGGAAUUCUUCCUAAUGACAUAAUGAGCUGUCUUGACCCGAUUACUUUUGUUAUUAUAGUUCCGUUGAUUGAUCGAGUGUUUUAUCCUUUUCUGCGAGGACAUGGAAUUUCAUUUGGAUCAAUUACGCGAAUAUUUAUUGGAAUGAUGUUUGCGUCAGCUGCAAUGAUUUAUAGUGCAUUAAUUCAAUGGUGGAUUUAUAAUACGGGACCAUGUUAUCGAAAUACACAUUGUUUGGUCGAUGGUAAAGCCACUUAUAAUGAUAUUAGUAUUUGGUGGCAAGCUCCAAUUUAUUUCAUGUUGGCAAUUUGUGGUGCUUUUGCGAGUGUCACGAGUCUCGAGUUUGCAUUUCAAAAGGCACCAAUAUCGAUGAAAUCGAUUGUAACCGCGUUAUAUUUAACGACACACGGUCUAGGAGCAGCAAUUGGACUCUUGAUUGUACCAUUGGCUCAUGACCCAUAUAACAUAUACGUAUAUGUUAUUCUCGCGUUGAUCACUUUUAUCGCGGCAUCACCUCAGGAACAGAAAAAGUGGGACUUAAAAGAGAUUGUGACUAUACGAAGGUCAAAUUUCCUAAGCUGGAACUGGGAAAAGUGA